AAAGGAAUCUCCAAAGGGAUGAUGCCCAACUUCUACGAUGGAUCCCGUCCGACGAUGGUACCCACCAGCUCCAAUCUGCCGGUGCUACUGGGCAAUACCGUCAAUCAAGGGGAUUCGAACUCCAAGAAGCUGGCACAUUUCGAUCUCGAAGCAACUCUGCAGACAAUUGAUAAUGAGGUGCUCGACGGUGAAGAAGGUAGCUGCCCGAUAUGCAACAAAACCUUCAGCCGCAAAACCUCGCUGCUCAAUCACAUCCGCAAUCACUCGGCGGAGAAGAAAUAUGUGUGCGAAUUUUGUCAGAAAGGAUUCACCCAGCAAGCUAAUCUGCGAAACCAUGUUCGAAUUCACACCAACGAACGGCCAUACGUUUGCGUCGACUGUGGGAAAGCCUUUACUCAGAUUACUAACCUGAAUAACCAUAGACGAUUGCAUACCGGCGAACGACCGUACGUUUGUAUAGAAUCUAACUGUGGCCGCUCGUUUGCACAGGUCACAAACUUAAACAAUCACAUGAAAACACACCACAAGACCACCCUUGCGACUAGAGGCUUUUACUGCCCACAGUGUCCCGAUAAGUCGUUCAAGCAGCAGUCCCAUCUGCAGCAGCACAUGAAAAUACACGGGACCAAUUUCGGUUACUCGUGCACCAAGUGUGAGGAAAAGUUUAUCCAAGAAUCGCACCUGCUGCUCCAUAUGAAGCAGCACGGCGAUUACGCGUGCACCAUGUGCUCGAUGACAUUUAACGACGAGGUGCUGUUGAAGAAGCACGUGCAAAGGCACGUCGAUGGGAGAUAUCUUACCUGUCCGGUAAUUAGCUGCAGCGAGGGCUUCACGAUGAAGAACCACCUAACGAAACACAUGCAGAUGCACCAUCCCGCCGUCGAUCUCAAGAAGCUGGGUGCACAACCUGGUGGUAACAAGACGCCGAAACACUUCUGCCACUACCACAACUGUAACGAUUCGUUCGACACGGCGGAUGGGUUGACCAAUCAUCUGCGGCUGGCACAUGGGCUUCCGAUUGCAUUACCACUGCCGACACUGCCGGUCGACGAUAAGAAGCUCAUCCAGCACGGUUUGCAUGGAUUGAAUGGGAUGGAAACGCCACCACCACCGCCACCGGUUUCGCAUCUGUUGCAUUCACAGCUGCACCCGGCUGCAUCGGUGAUGAAUGCCAGCUUCCAGUCAUAUCAGAACCAGAUCAAUCAGGCUAAUCAGCAGCAACAGCAGCAGGCGAAUGGUACCAACGGAGACAACAAGCAAAAGGUUCUAUCUGUUUCAGAGCUACUUAAUAUAAGCGAACAACUGAGCCAACACCAGCAGCAACAACAGCAAGUGCAAUCCCAUCACCAACAGCAACAGCACCUUCACCAACAGCAGCAACAGCUUCACCUACAGCAGCAGCAACAACGAUCCGAGAUGGCCAUGAAAGUCGACAUCGAGCAGCAGCAGCAGCAGCAGCAAAACCUUGACGACAAAAUGAGCAAUUUCAAUCGCAUUAAAACGGAGCUGCAGGCCAAUAUGCUGGCCCAAACGCAAAACCUGUUCGGCAUCUCCAACACGCUCGGCAACAGCUUCAACGUGCAGCCGAAGCUGAUCUGCACCUAUUGCUAUAAUGUCUUCAAGACGCCCCAAACCUUGUCACGGCACAUUGAAAAGUUUCACAGCUAA